GAACAAGUACAAACGGAGCUCCCCCGGCGUCACUCAAACCCCCAGGACUGAGCCUCUACUUUAGUGUAUCCUCUUUGAUUUUAUUUAUACGUGGAUAGGUUGAGUGUAGCGGGCUGCCUGAGGACAAAGGCGCUUCCAACAACUCCAUAACCUCCAAUGUCUGACUAAUUAUUAAUCCCCUGAGUAUUUUUCUCAUUUUCUGUGAUGGAAGGCAUCAUGCACUGUCAUUUUUUGGAGGCACUGAGAGAAUUGACACAAGUUUCAGGGGAUCUGGGGUUGGUGAAUGCUCACGAGGCCAUUGUUUCUCCUUUUACAGAGGAGGGUGUUCCUAUUAGAAAAUUGUUCAUUGGAAACUUGGCUGAGCGAACAACGAACAAAGACCUCCAGAAGUUGUUCUCCAGAUAUGGAAAAGUCGACAGUUGUUACGUAAAGAGAACCAAAGGAAAGAGUAAUUUUGCCUUCGUGAUAUUCAAUGGUGUCAACGAUGCAAUUAAAGCUCGAGAAGCUGCCCAGAGAAUGGAACUACAGUUGCACUGUAGAAUUCUUCGAGUAUCGUCAGCGGACACGUGGCACCAGCCAGACAGCAUCGAGAAUCAGAAGAGAUUCUCCUCGCUCAAGGACAAGCAGAAUAAAAAUGAGGAGCAACUGUCUGUGCAGGAGAUAUCGCAGGACGAUUCUCCCAUUCAGGUGCUCAACGAUGAUUGUUUGAUAGAAAUAUUCCUGUACCUUCCAAUUGCCGAUCGAAUAAGAAUGGAAAGGGUCUGCAAACGCUGGCAGGCCCUCUCCUUGGACUCCUGGCGGUCUGUCAAGAGAUUGGAUCUCAUCAGAACCCACUGGGGCCUCUCUCCCAGAAUUCGUCUUGAAAAUAUCGACACAACUACUUUGAGAAAAGUCCUCAUAAAAUGCGGACAGUUCCUGACACACUUGGAUCUGUCAACGUAUCCCCACCUCCUGCGCUCGAGUACAUUGACAAUUGUGGGAAAAUUCUGUCCCAAUUUGCAAGUUAUCAAUGUUAAAGCUCUCGAACUGUCGCCGUCUGGAAUUGCCUCGUUGAUGACCAACUGCCAAAACAUCACCAACUUUGUGAUGAAGUCUCUGACAGGACCAUGUGAGAAAGACCUGUCACAAUUGUUCAUGGUUAAUAAAAAAUUAGUCACCGUUGAAAUUCAGGAUGAACACAUCAUUGGAAAGUGUCUUGGACAGUUGCCAACUGACACUGUGGAGGUGAUCCAUUUGCUUCUGUGCAGCUCUGUGCUGUCUACUUACUUUGAUGCUGCUCUCCCGAAAUUCUCAUCCUUAAAAAAAUUAACUCUGCACUCCUGUGUCUGUCUGACUGACAGUUCUUUAAAAACAAUCGGCAUGAUCGAGACCCUAACGCAUCUAGUAUUGACUGGAAAUUAUCCAACAUUGUCUGCCACUGCCAUGAAUCACUUGACAGAUCUCUGUAAUCUGGAACACCUGAAUGUCUCUCAGAAUGCCGUUGUAACCGAUGGAUUUCUCAUCAGUAUGUCUGGUAGCUGUAAAAAAUUAAAGCAUGUGGACAUAAGUGGAUGUAGCGUUAUCACCAACAAGGCCAUUGCGAGCCUGUCAUCACUGCCAAAACUAGAGAGUCUCGCGAUAAGUUGGUUGACACAAGUAACUGACGAUCCUUUGGGCAAUUUACAGAAUCUAAAAGUGCUGACGUGCUGGGGCUGUCCACUUAUCAGGGACGAAGGAGUAAUAAAGCUCAUUAAAAUGGCCCCAAAUCUCGUGUCGAUGGAUCUCUCAAGAUGUUCAAUUACUAAUAGCACCAUCGAAGCUGCCAUAUCAACUACUAAACAACGAAAAACCAAUACUAUACUCAUGAUAAUGGUUGGUAAAACAAAUGUUGAGCUCUCACAAAUUAGAGAAGUAUCUCCAUUGCUCCAGAUUGUUAAUAUUGACUUGGCCAUCCCUUGGAUGGUGACUCCCAUUGACAUGUCAGAAAUGUUAUGAUUGUCCUUGGGAAUUGGUUCGUGAAUGGAGAGAUACUUGUGGAAAUCGUGGGAAAUCUGUCGGAAUAUUUUUUAUUGUUUGAGUGUCAGAUAUUAAAUAGACUGUUGAUAAAGAAUGAAUGAAAAAAUUACUAGAAAAUUCUGGUCUUCUAUUCAAGUAGAAUUUUCUGGAUUUUUCUAUCAAUUGUUUUCAUGCCUACAAUCAAAGUUCGAUAGAUAUUCAACUCGUCUCCAUGAUUUUUGUAAUUAAACUGUGAUAUCCCUCCCUCGCUCAUGGAAUCCAAUAGCAGUGUGAGAAAACGUAGAGCUCACUUCGACAGAUUGAUAAAACAAACAUUUGAUAAAUUUCCACUUUUAUAUCUAGCAUGUACUUGAAGCAUCAGGGGUUCUUCAUGUUCAAUAUAUGUAUUGUCUUUCGUUAUUAAUUUAUUUCUUUGAGUAUUAUAGAAUUCGCAAUUAUCGAUUAUCUAAUUUUAUAAUUUUUGGCUUUUUAUGAAAAAAUGUUGGGAAUUCCUAACUUAAUAUUUAUAUUUGUGUGAAUGUCGCGUGGUUCUGAGUAUAUAAAUAAACGUGUUUGUUGUAUUUUCGGGAUAUGAAUAAACAAUGCAAUUAUUUCA